AUGAGUAAUUAUCCGCCCCCUUACAAUUCCGGUCGCUACUCGCCAGGUCGGCCAGCCUACUCGGACCGACCUCCCUUCCCUCCCACCCUAAACAACGCGCCGCGCGAACAUCCCCCUUACCCCUACUCAAACUCCGGCCCGCCACCUCCCACGGCCAGCUACAGGACGUACGACCCCUAUACCAACGACUCUCGCCCUGGGCCCUAUCCUCAGCCGAGGGACCCCUACACAGCCGACUCGUACGACCCCUACUCGCCUUCCACGGCAUAUCCCGCUUCUCGCUACCCACCCAAUGCAUCUCCUCCCCGUCAGGACAGCCGUCCCAUUGCUCGACCGGCCAGUCCCCCGCGUCGCGUCGCUCAGUCGGCCCCGCGCCAGAGCGAAGGCAAGGACCUCAACAUGCUCACCCCGGUCGUCACGGCUACCAUCUCGGGCAGCUUCACCACUGCCAUCUACUCCCUCCCGCCGAGCAAACUCCCCCUCGACAAGUAUAUCGCCGUCAACCCCGGGGACUGUAUUGAUAUCCACCGAGCGCUCUGUCGGAAGAGCUCAGCGGUGUGGUAUGCGGAUGGAUGCUCGCGGGCGGGCGAGGGCUGGUGCGCCGCCAUCGAGUGGAUCAUCGACAUGGGCCAGUCGGGGCGAAAGAUGCGCGCAUGCAUUCCCGGCGGUGACGGCCUCGACGCGGAGUUAGGCGCCAUAUGCAAAGCGGUCGAGGGCUUCCAUGAGCUGCUCGAGCUCUCCAUCAAGCAGGGAACGCCCAUGUCGCACGAGAUGAUCAUCUUUUGCGACUCAGCCGCCGCUAUUGUCGCUAUCGACACGUCGUCCCGGCCGGAAAGUCUGCGAUUUGACGCCCUCUGGCGCCGAGUCUGCUGCGAAUUCCUUAAAGCCCACAUCACCUUUGUGUGGUUGCCGAAAAACAGCGGGAUCGAGGGGCACGUAUUGGCGGACAAGAUUGCCAUGGUGGCGGCGAGUAAUUCCUACUUGAAAAAGAAGAAGGAGGGCACGUUGGCGCAAAUGUACCAGCGGCACGGAGGCGGUGAACCGAUGCCGUCGGGGAGCGCUGAAGCGGGGCCGUGGCAGCGGGGCGAUGCGGACCCCAGUCGCAGGAAGGAGGUGUUUGAGCGGCCACAGCCCGCGCCCGUGGCCAUGCCCGAGGUGGAGGCGGCCGUUGAGGAUGAAGUGAUGGCCGAGGAGGACCUAGAGAGGCACCGCAAGCUCUUUGGGGAUACCGAAACCCACCUCCCGCCCCCGGCCGAGUCGAUAUUUGUUACUAGCUUUCCCGAUGCGCUCUCGGCCAAAGACCUCGGCGUGCUUUUUGCACAGUUUGGCGACUUAACUUCGGUGGACAUCUAUCAUACCGAUCCCAAUCACCCCCGGUUCGCCUAUGUCCAGUACACCACUCUCGACUCGGGCGCCGCGGCCAUUGACGCCUUGCACGACAGGCCGAUCGACUUUGCGAGCCCGUACGCCAAGGAGAAUGCGGACGACCUGGCGGACUGGGCGGGAUGGCAGGGGAGCAUGAAGGUGGUCAGGAAUGGCGAGGGGCGAUUUAUCCCUGGUCCAGUCGAAGAGCUGUUCCCGGGUAUCGCCCCGUGGAUGGUGGGGAAGAAGGCGGAAGUGCCGGCCAAGGAGCCGGAUGUGGGUGCAAAGAGGUCGAGGAGUGCAGAUGGAGUGAAUACCGAAAAAUCGCAAUCUCCCAAGCGUCCGCGCCAAUCCUCGCCCGGGGCAGUCAACUUUGCUGCCCAGUUGUCCGACCUCGUCACGAGCGUCGCCCUACCCGCAGCACCGGCCGCGGAAUCCAGCGAGUCGAGUCCGGCCCCUCCCCACGUUACCCCUCCUAGCACACACGCCACUACCAACGGGACUACUCCUCAGCACGCCCUUCCUCCCACCCCCCAGACGGCCGAGCGCCCAAGUGUCAAGGUCGCUUCUCCGGAACCCAACGGGCUUCCCACGCCCACCACAGCAGCCAAGUCUGCGGAGCCAGCUCGGCCUCCCCUCACCAACUCUGCCGCCGAGCCCCAGGAAUACCCCAUCCAGUACUCGGUCAAGACGUUGCGUCUCCUCAUUUCCCUCGUCUCGGACACCUUUACCCGGCACGACGUCAACAACUGGAUCGCGCACUCGUGCCUUAUCGCCGUAGAGCUGGAUUUGGCGCGCCGGGCCCUCCAGGCGGAUCUAUACGCGACGGAUGAGGGCUUCCUCACCGGGCGGGAGCUCGAGCAGCAGCUGUUACAGCGGGGAUUCACUGCUCCGAGGGUAGACGCGUUCAUCACCAAGGUGCUCAAGGUGCUGGAUGGGAUUGCGCUGGCGGAAGCGCUUGAGGGCGGAGGCGAAGUGGAGGGGGAGGCGGUGGACAAGGCGGAGCGGGAGCAACUGGUCAAGCAGCUCGAGACGGCGCUAGAGCGGUACCCCGACCAGACCAAGGAGGCGAUUCAUACCGCCGGAAGCAUGAUGGAGUACCUCCACAGGGGCAAGGAAUUGCAAGAAAAGAAGAGGCUGGACGUGGAGAGGCGGGUCAAGGUGCUCGAGGGGAUGGUGACAAUUGGCGAAGUGGUGGGGGGUGUAGUUAGGUUCUUGUUGACAGAGCAGCAGGAUUGA